AUGGGCUCCGAGGACGAACUCCACCUUCCAAAGAUUAUUUUCUCCGGUCUCAAUCCGAUGAUCACCGGAGAUGAUAAAUGGGCUGAGAUACGGGCUCUUGUUUGGGCUGCAGUUGAAAUACAUGGAUGUUUUGAGGCCGAAUACGAUAAAGUCACGCCUAAAUUGCGAGAUGCUCUCUUUGGGAAGUGCAUGAAGGAGUUGUUUGAGCUGCCAUCGGAGAUAAAAAUGAAGAAUACCUCGAAUAAACCUUAUCAUGGGUAUAUUGGUAAUAUCCCCUGCCGGGCUUAUGAGAGCUUGAACGUUGAUAAUGCCAAUGAGAGUGAAGGUGUAGAAGAGUUCUCGGCUCUCAUGUGGGGAGACAAAGGAAAUCCAAGCUUUUGCAACACAAUCUUUACAUUCUCAAAGCACAUAGCAGAAUUGGAACAAAUGGUUCGAAGAAUGAUCCUUGAAAGCCUAGGCAUGGCGAAAUACUAUGACGAAUGCAUCAAAUCUACGGCCUACGGUUUAAGACUAUCCGAAUACGGUAUAGGCUCAACCAAUAACAUUGGAAUGCAAAGCCAUAGAGAUUCAAUAAUACUCGCCAUGGUAUGUCAGCAUGGAGUUGAGGGCUUAGAGGUUCAAGCCAAAGAUGGGAGGUGGCUCACACCAUCACUUAAUUCCUUGACCGUCAUAAUUGGUGAAGCAUUUUGGUACUCAGCAGUCUUCAGCUCUCGGCCACGUGACGGAAUCUUGGUGGAAUCUCCGGCAGAACUCAUUGACGAUGAGCAUCCAUUGCAAUUCAAGCCCUAUGAAUAUGGAGAUUAUGUUCGGUUCUCUUACUCAGAAGCUGGUUUUAAAUCCAAAUGUGCUCUUAGAGAUUAUUGCGGGGUAUCUAGCAAGGAUAUUGAAGAGGAACGGGAUUCUUAG